AUGAAUGAAAUUCAAGUAUAAUACAUUUAAUUUUUACCUUUGGAAAUCAAAACAAUGAUUAAGACUGCCAAAAGAUUAUUCUGGCAUAAAUGUAAAGCCUAUUAUGUACCAGAUCUGAACAUGCAUAGAUUUUUUAUUAAACUUCUAAAAACUCUAUGAAUAACAGACAGUAUUCUUAUAAAAUGGAUAUUGGAAUUGUUAAAAUUGCUGAAGAUAAAGAUUUUGAGAAAUUAAAACAAUUGUAUGAUAAUAAUAAUGAUUGGAGAUUAGAUUAUAAUAAACCUGAUUUAUCAGUUUGGACAAAAUCUGUGUCAGGAAUUAGUUUUAGAAUGGUAAAAAUUAGAACUCGUUUUCCUGAUGUCCUUCCAGAAACAUUAUAUGAUGUAUUACAUGAUCCUGAAUAUCGAAAGGUUUGGGAUACUCAUAUGAUUGAAUCAAAAGACAUAGGUUUUUUUAAUCCAAAUAAUGAUAUUGGUUAUUAUUCAAUGGCCUGUCCAUCUCCAUUGAAAAACAGAGAUUUUAUUCUACAAAGAUCAUGGCUUGAUACUGGUAUAGAGCAAUUAAUUUUGAAUCAUUCUGUAUUUCAUAAAGAUUAUCCUCCACGAAAACAAUUUGUUCGGGCAACAUCUUAUCUUACAGGAUAUAUUGUAAGACCAUCUCGAAAUGGUGAUGGUUCUGAAUUGGGUUAUGUAUCUCAUACUGAUCCACAUGGAAAAUUACCAGUUUGGCUAGUUAAUAAAAUUACACAAAUAUUUGCUCCAAAGAUGGUUAAAAAGUUACAUAAAGCUUCUGUAGCUUAUCCUAAUUGGAAAUUACUUAAUAAUCCAAAUUAUAAACCUUGGCAUUUUCCUGAACAAAUUGUAUCACCUCGUAUAAGAAUUGAAGAUUGUGUAAAGUCUGCAGAAGAAAGAAAUUCAAAGAAUCAUUAUGUUGAUGAAUCAGAAUUAAAAGAGUCUGUUACAAUUGAUAGUGAUUAGCUUUGUCUAAUAUAGUAAGUCUUUAUAUUGAAAAACAAUAUAAUAAUUAAAAUUAUAAACUACAGUAUUAUGAAAGAUCAUAAUAUUAAUAAAGCUUAAUAAAAUUUGAUUUAUGCAUAUAAA